UGUAAACAAGACGCGUGAAAAAUCAUUCUUUUCUUCACGAAUUUAGUGAAAGGAUUAGGAAUGAAAAUAAAUUUUAUAAAAUAAUACGAAUAAAAUCCCAGUGUUGUUAAUGUAAAAAGUAUGAUAAAUCAAAGUUGAAUUGUGGUAACAUAUUCCGGUUACGUUACUGUGAUUACAUACAGUUGGAUAUCUCCGAAGGUUAAUUUAGUUUGGAUGUCUGGUGAACUUAGAAAUCCAUUUAUCGAUCAGUCGCCUCAGUUUCAAGCCAGAAACCCGGAUGGAGAGGUGGAAAAUGAGGCCACCGAAGUCCCAGACGGGGAUGAGGUAGAGGAUAUCCCGGCGGCAAUGACGGAAUCGUACAGUGAAAUUGCUUACACGCAAAAUUUCUUCGGUGGCACCAACAAUGGGGAAGAGCAUUCCGGCGGUGAUGACGGUCAACACGUAGGUUCCGGUUCGUCAUCGUCAUCUUCGUCGCAAACUCGGAAGCGACCUGAUUCACUCGAUUGUGAUAAGAGGAAAGAUGCGUCUUUCCCCUACAAUCUGGAAGGGACAGUCCGAGUGGAUGGACACAUGACACACUUUGUUGCCGAAAACCUCGAGUACAAAAUCAAACUAGCAAGUCCAGUGACAGUCACGCGGAAGGAUUCUAGCAAUCCGUGCGGUUCUCGACAGAGUACACCAUCGGCAGCUACCGGUGGAUUGGGUGGCCCCGGAUCGAGCGCCUACGGUCUGAUGCCGAAGCCGUUUAUGAUGCCACCCCAUCUACACCAAAUUGAUCCCAACGUGCUGAACGAAAUCGAACGGGAAGCGCAAGCCCUGGCCGCGUCGGUGGACAAUCUUACCGAAAACCUCUGCUCGGUGCUGCAUUCGAUUUCCUCGAUCACAGCGGAUAACGUGGAGAUCUACAAAAACGCAGUCACCAAGCUGACCGAUUGUAUGGAUGCCAACAUCAAGUGCAUGUACACGAUCAUGGCCAAGGCGGAAGAGAUAUCGAAAGCGAUAAAGCCGGCCGAAGCCCUGGCAGCGCGAAUACGAGAGAUCAAGCGACUCGUCGAUAUGUUCGAAAGUUAUGUUUAAAUUUUCGAUAGGGACGACAUUCCAUUUCUCUGACAAACUUUACUGUGCAGUUGAAAUCCGUGAUUAGAAAAGUAUAAUUUAUCCUUAUCGUUCCCGACUACAACACUUAAUCUGUUCGUUGUAUCAUCGUAUGUUAUAUGUAAAAUAUGAGUCAUUUGAUAUAACUUAGAAUUAAUAUUUAUUUCCAAGCCA